AGCGAGCGCAUAACUCAAAAGGAAAGAAUAUAUUUGUGAUCCACCUCCUCCUUCCAUCACUCACUCCUCAUCAACGUCCAUCAUGCCCGCCAAUAAGGAGUUGUCUGCUGCCCUGGAUAUCGAGGGCACCGUCCCCAUCCACAGCGUCCAACUUGAUGCCAUGGUCGUUCUCAAGAUUGUCAAGCACUGCCGCGAGUCAACUCCCACCACGGUCACCGGCCAGCUGAUGGGUUUGGACGUCAACGGCGUUCUUGAGGUCACCCACUCGUUCCCUAUGCCCAAGAACCAAGAUUCUGAGGACUUUGAGGGAUCCCAAUACCAGCUGCAGAUGAUGCGCUGCUUGCGCGAGGUCAAUGUUGACGACAACUCAGUUGGUUGGUACCAGUCGGCCAACAUGGGCAACUUUAUGAAUCAGUCCCUGAUUGAGCAUCAGUUCGAGUUCCAGCAGGCCUUGAGCAAGUCUGUUCUUAUCAUCCACGAUAUCGCUCGCUCCUCCAUGGGCAACCUUAACCUCCGUGCUCUUCGCCUCACCCCUACGUUCAUGAAGUUGUAUAAGGAAAAGAAGUUCACAACCGAGGCCCUCGCCAAGGCCAAGUUGACGUUCUCUAACAUUUUCGAGGAGCUCCCUAUCACGAUCCGUAACACCGCUUUGCUGAACGCACUUUUGUUUGAGCUCGAGACCUCGGAUGAUUCGGUCGAGAUUUCGACAUCACACUUGACGACCUAUAAGAGCACCGUCAACAGCAGUCAGAACAAGCAAUCAGUCCUCACGCCCAGCUUCGAUAUGCUGGAGUUGAGCUUGGAUCCCUAUGUUGCCAAGAACUUGGAGAAUCUGAUGGACACCAUUGACGACCACCAGCAGGAGCAGGGCAACUAUGCCUACUGGCAGCGCAGCGUGGAUCGCGAGAACAAGAAAAAGGCGGCCUAUCUUUUGAACAGAAAAACCGAGAAUGCUCGUCGUGCUCAGAUUGGUCAGGCUCCUCUGCCCAACGAGGAUGUCGAUGCCAUGUUCAAGCUGCCUGCCGAGCCCAGCCGUUUGGACCACCUUUUGAUUUCUGGACAGAUCGAUAACUAUUGCAAACAGAUCAACGAAUUUGCUGGACCAACAUUAGGAAAACUGUUUGCCGUCGGCGAGUUGCAAAAGUAGAGGUGUAUGAAAAACAGAGCACAGUCGUUGGUCAUUGGUUUUCAAGGGAGUGUAGGAAGUUGGGUUCUUCAUGUUGUGAUAGUCGCUGUGGCAGGAGGCCAUGAAGCAAGGAACGUUAGACGGACAUUUACAACCAAAUAAAUACCGCUAUGUAUAAGCAGCAU